AUGGAGAUCGAAGGCGUAGACCCGAGCUACACGGACGAAGAGGGCCGGACAGCACUAAUUGUUGCAGCAAUGGUUGAAAACGAGAAGGCUGUGGAUAUUCUCCUAGAAGACCCGACACUGGAUCCCAAUCAUCGAGACCAAACAGGGCGGACAGCACUGGCCUGGGCGGCACUGAGAAGCCAUCGAUCGAUACUGGCAAGGCUGCUCGCGAUGGAGAGCAUUGAUGCUGACAUCGUGGAUGUCAAUGGGAAAACGCCUCUCCUAGAAUUAUGCACCGGCCUUGACAAUUGGAAUAGCGGAGCAGAAAGCGAAGCAGUUAUUCGUCAGCUCCUUGCUUCUGGUCGAGUCAACAUUAACGCAAGGGACAGCGAAGGGAGAACGGCCGUAAUGAUGGUGGCAAAAACUGCCACUGAAGCCCUUUUCCGGCUGUUUCUUUCUCAGCCAGGUAUUGAACUUGAAGCGGAAGACGAGAACAGGGCAAAUGUGUUGCUACACGCCGGCAUUGGGGAAAACUGGAGGGUGGUGGAAAUAUUGCUGGAGCUGGGCCGGCUUGACUUGAACUGCAAAAUAUCAGAUGAAGCGUCUCACGAAUUACGUCUCCGCGGGCAAACAAUCUUUAGCAUGGCGAUGGCACACGGGCCGGAACGUGUCAGGGAGAGGCUCUUCAUGGAAAAUGACAUCGAUGUCAACACCCAAGACAGAAAUGGUAACACGUUGCUGAAGCUGGCAACAGAAUAUGGGCAUGCGAGCAUUGUUGACAGAAUCCUCGGCAUUGAGGGGGUGAAUCCCAAUAUCACUGCUCAUGCUGGAGAAACAGCCCUCAUGGCCGCCAUCAAUGGCCUGUCCGAAGAAAUGGCAGACACCUUGUUGAAACACAAGUCGAUUGACCCAGAGAAACGCAAUCCUGACGGACGGACGCCGCUUUCUUUGGCAGCGGAGCGAGGUUUGCUACAAACCGUCAGGCGGCUUCUCAGCUUUGACCAAGUCGACCCUGAUUCCAGAGAUAACGACGGUCGAAGCCCGCUGUCCUGGACUAUCUCGCCAUCUUGGAACCUAAGGCCUCAAGACACGGCGGCUAGUCGAAAAAAGGUGGCGCAAGAACUGCUCGAAACUGGCCGGGUCGAUCUCAGUGCCGAGGAUACCGAAGGAUAUACUCUGGUGGAACGAGCAAUUAGUGAUUUUCGUGGGGAUGAUAUUCUGGAAUUGCUUCUGGCCAGAGAAGACGUCAACCUCAAUUGCGUGGACAAGCAGGGUCGGGACUUUCUUAAGAUGGUUCUAGAUCGAAGAGAGCCUGUUCUGUCACGGAAGAUCUGUGGAAUACUUGGUGUUUGCUAUGAGGAUCUUGAAAUUCUCGACAAUCCUCCUGUCACACACGCGUCAGAAGACACCUCGAGCGAAGGCGAGGACCGAGUGGUAAUGGCAAUGAAGUGGGGCAGGGGUCUGACUGGCUGUCGACUGGAGCUGGGAGUACAGCGCGAAGCUGACUAUGAUGGCGACCGCGUGGAGGAAUGGAGUCUCUGCAAGAGAUGCGAUACUAUCAACCUCGAUGAGGCCUUUUCUCGACGAUCGAGCUCAUACUGGGGCAAUCUGAUCGCGAAGUUUGACGAGCCGCCAUCAGAGAAAAGUCAGCAGUCAUGUGGAUUCUGCAGACUGAUAGCCAGCGUGCACCCGGCCCCCUCUGCGGAUUCCAAUACGGCAGAAGAGCAGGACCAGUUCGAACUACGAGCGUUUUCUAGCCUCCUCAUUUGGCUGUGCGAAGGCUCGGAAGACUUUUACUCGAAUUUGCCAGAAGACUUGAUCGACACCCUGUUCCUUGCAGUUGUCACCAGCAGCGGCAUGAAAUCUGAUGGUUACCCUGAUAUGCAAAACAUGAGCGACAUCAACGGCUCAGAAACCUUUGAGCCCGUGAUAUGUUCGGGUUUUAUAGCCCGCGUUGGCUCAAACUGCUCUUAUAGAGGACGGGCUCUCUCAGUCAAACACGUGCCAUUUAAUGAGGUGGAUUUCGGGCAGAUCAAGAGCUGGAUCGCAGAUUGCACUGGGAACCAUUCAGACGCUGUCUGCAACCCAACCCAGGUUCAUGAAAUCCCACACUUUCGGCUUAUUCACUGCGCGACGAGGGAUAUCGUCCAUAUAGAUACAGCGCCGCCGCCACACACCGCCUUGAGUUACGUCUGGGGUGCCGUCCAAGAUGGUCCGCAGAACCAGCAUAGUCUUGCCGGCCUCAAAAUGGAAACAGUCGUCGAGGAUGCGAUCAAGGUUACUCUCGCUCUAGGCUACGAGUAUCUCUGGGUAGAUCGGUAUUGCGUUGACCAGACGCCCGGAUCGGUCAAAGAUGAGCAGCUACGGCACAUGAACUUUGUAUACCAUGGCGCGGAGGUCACCAUCAUCGAUGCAGCAGGAGAAGAGUCAUCCUUUGGCCUACCGGGUGUGAGCCAACGAUUUCGAAAACGGCCGCCGGCGAUAAAAGUGCAGGGAUACAUCCUGACUACCAUCCCUCCUGAGCCGAGCCGUGAAAUAAAGUCGUCUAAGUGGGCCACUCGGGGGUGGACCUAUCAGGAGGGAUUGCUUUCUCGGCGCCGUCUAUUCUUUACGCAGCACGAGGUGUCAUUUGAGUGCGGUGGCAUACUUGCCAGAGAGGCCAUCACCGUGCCCCCUAUACUAAGCAAGUUCUCAACUCGGCUACGCAACACUCGAAACAAUAGGGAUCGCCUCCAGCCCAGCUCAUGGCUCUUCCCCUUGGGUGGUGUCACCAACAUGGAGGAAGACGACUUGGGGGUGCAUCAACGACUAUCGGAGUACGCACCACGGCAACUGACGUAUGAGCUCGAUGCUUUGAAUGCGAUGCUGGGGGUUCUUCAGUUGUAUUUGUCGUUGCCGCAACCGGCUUAUCACCUCUGUGGCAUUCUUAUUGUUCCACAGACGCAUAGAUAUGACUGGUCUCCGGGUGGCCCGUCUGUGUACGUGGAUGUUGACCCUAAUACUCUGGCGGCGAAUCUGGCGGGGUUUGUUUAUGGUUUGCUGUGGACUAGUCGUCAGCCGGGGACACGACGGGGGGGGUUUCCUAGCUGGUCGUGGACUGGGUGGACGGGCACGGCAAAGUUUGAAGGGCCACGGCGUCAGUGGAAUAGUUUGGUUGAUGUGUCGAUUGUGGAAGAGGGGAAGAAAGGGCUGCUUUCGUGGGGGGGUUAUUUUGGUCUUGGUGAUUGGGAGAAGAGGUAUCGGUUUGGGCAUCAUCAUGUUUUGGAAGUGGAAGGUUAUGUGGGGUAUGUCACUUUGCGGGAGGAUACGCGAUAUAAAUGGUUGGAUGGGUUUAUUGCUAUUAUGGAGGUUGGUGAUGAGUGGACGGAUGGGGAUUUUGUGUUGACCAAGAGAUGUGAUGAUGAGGGGGGUGAAGGGGAGUUUCGUAAGAGGUUGCUGAGGGAGACGUGGAUGGCGGUGGUGAUGACGAGCAAUCAUGUUUUGGUUGUUGAGCAACAGGCGAGUGGGCUCUGGGAAAGGAUGGGGGUUGCGGAGAUGUGGGUAGGUCGUUGGAUUGGGCCUCAACCGGAUGGUGGGGAGGGUUUAGAGAGGAGGAGGUUGUUGCUUGGGUAG